UGAUAGGACUGCAGGAGCACUGUCCCUAUAUAAGGAGCUCCACAGAGCAUUACAGAAUACUGCACUGCAGAACUCCACAGAGAAUCAGAGAGAAUCAGAGAGGGUCACAGAGAGUCACUGUGAAACACCAGCACUGAACAGCACACCUCACUGAGGAUUAUCAGCCUCAGGAUUCAAGGUAGCCCUCUGCACUGUGUUUGCCCUCCGACCUGUGACCUCUCCCUCCCUGAAGAGAUGAAGUUCCUGUUCCUCCUGCCGCUGACCCUGGCAGUGGUCUUUGCGGUUCCAGUUCAAGAAACGACUGUGAAAAGCAGCCAGGGAGAACAGCUCUCUAAGCAGGGCCCUGUGGCACAGGAACAGCCUGAGAUGUGGGAGGAGCCAAUCAUGGGGGAGGAGAAACAGUUGAGGCCCGUCAUUGGAGAGUAUGAGUCGCUGCAGAGACUGGCAGAGAGAGAGGUACUCCCAGAGCGUAGAACUGCGGUGUGGAAUGACAUCACUCCGCCGGAGUCAAUGAGAGAGGCAGGGCCUCCGGCGGGGGCGGGGCUGUGGGAGGAGCUAAUGUGGAGCGAGGAGUUGGGGGAGGAGCUACCCAGGACCAGGACAAGUCAGAGCCGGGGUCACACAGGGUGGCCAGUCUGUGCAGGCAUUAUCAUCAAUAAGAUUUGCUACCAGUUCUUUAGAGGACCAAAGAGAGCCGAGGAUGCAGAGCUCUUCUGCCAGGAUAGCUUCCAGAACGGACACCUGGCCUCGGUCACCAGCCGCUACCUCCACCAGCAGAUGAUGAGACUCAUGAUCCAGGACGGGGGGGCGUACACUCGCACCUGGAUCGGGGGGCUGCGCUACCUGGAGACGGGGCGUUUCAUAUGGUUGGAUGGUUCCCGUUGGAGCUACGCAGACUGGCUGCCUGGCGAGCCCAGUAACACAGCUGGGGUAGAGAACUGUGUGGAGCUACUGAGCAAUGGAAAGUUUAAUGACAUGCCCUGCUGGGACCUGCGUGCUUUCAUCUGCUCCUCCCAUGACUAAAGAAGACAUAACCUUUAAUCCCUUACCCUUAACCUUUAACUUCUGACCCUUAACCCUUAACCCCUGGCCCCUAGACCUCUUACCUCUCAGCCAUGACUGUUGCCUGCUUACCAAAUAUGAUCUCUGAGCUAGCAGUGUAGCAUAGACUAGGACAAGUACUUUUUCAUAAUGCCAGGGCUUGAAUAAUGAAAAUAAUUUUGAUUUGUAAGUUUUGUAAAUACAUGUGCUAUGUGCUAUGGAAAAGUUGUAUAGAAAAAGCUGUAAAUAAAAGUGAUUGAACAAACAUUAA